UUAGCUUCUGUUUUUAAUAUAAAUAAUUAAGUACUAAGAAAUAUAUGGAGCGCUCUUUGACUAUUGUGGAAAAAGCGUGAAGGUUGUGAAAAUAAAAAUAAGUUUUGAGCAGAAGAAAAGUUCAAGAUUAGGUAUUUCAAACAGGAUGGCUGCAUUUAAAAUACUUUCCAUCCUCGGAACUUCAUGUUUGUUGCUGGCAUCCAUAAUGUACAUUGUCGGGUUAGUUACCAACAAAUGGGUGGUGACAACUUUUUCUGUAAAUGGCGGACAACUGUACGAUGUGAUGAAUAAAGCGUUUAACACGCCGACAAGAAACCCAUUCCUCACACCACCAUAUAACAACCAACGAUUUGCUCGGGAUUUAUCACAAAAAAUCUCUCAGUACGGUGCUGGUGACUUUGAUAUUGGGAAUCUAAAAUAUUACUUGGAUCAGGUGAAAAAAUCUCCUUACUUCCGAUCAAUCUCGAUCAACAUAGAGGCGAGUUUCGGACUGAAGCAUGUGUGUCUUGAUGUGAAAGUCAAAAGCGAUUCUAUUCCGAAAGCUUUCCUAAAUCAAAUUAACAGUUUGAUUAAAGCUAAUGGUAGAAUGUAUUUGAAAUGUUACAGUACCACUUUUCUUAAAGAAAGUUCUAAGCUACAAAGCGCGGCAGCAUCCAAUAUUGAAGGAGGUCUAGGAGUUUUGAUGCAACAGUUAAAGAAACAUGAGAUGGAUGCUUUAGACGCAUUGGAUAAGGUCAAUGUUUGCAUCAUAUUGGCAACUGUAUUUGCUUCCCUUGCCUUGAUCGUUUCAUUCAUUAAAUUACCUUGCGUCAACAUUUCCAAAAAGCAAUGGAUUGUGGGUAUAACUGUUUGUUUAGCUGUCAUUGCAGCUUUGUCAUCGGUUGCUGGUGUUGCCAUAUUACAAAAAGACUUUCAUUUAAAGGACGACAUUGAAGAUUACAAAGAGGUCGCUAUCACGUAUCUCAAAACCUAUCAGAAAGAAGCAUACGCCCAAUACGCCCCUUUCUUUGACGUCAUAAAAAUCACAGAGAAGAUUGGCUACUCGCACAUCUUGGUUUGUGUUGGUAUUGUGUUCUUGAUUGUUGCUAUGGUGAUGAAUAUUGGAGAAUUGUUCAGUGCCAAGAAGAGCCAUGACGAUGCAUAUGAAAUCUCUUUGUUAUCUUCUGAUGGAUAUAAACCAGCAAAUGCGUAAAAAAACUUCAUUUUGUUGGGUUACUUCUAUUUAAAGAUGUAAGUCCUAACAGAAGGAUAUAGAAAGAAUGAAGGAACUGUUAGCGAUGUUGUUACAACUUUUGUUUGUCUGUAUUUAAGAAAGCGGCUUUGUUUGAUAAUAUCUUAUUUAUAAAAACUUUUAGCACGUAUUUAAUUUUCGAGCAUUCAUUACAGGUUGUGCACUUUAAGGUAUUGCGUAUCUUUUAAAAUUAAUAGUUUUUACAUUUACUUUUUAUUUUAUUUUAAACCGAUCAUUUUUGUGUUGGUAUUGUAUUCCUGAUUGUUGCUAUGGUGAUGAAUAUUGGAGAAUUGUUCAGUGCUAAGAUGUGUCUCCCUUGUGUCUUGCGAUGGAUAUAAACCUACAUAUGUCUAGAAAAAGUUCUUUUAUUUCGUAUGCUGUUUCACUUAAUUGUGGAAGGCAACAACAAGAUGUACAAUGUAACGUGGAAAACCACAAUUCUUAUUCUUGUUCUUCGCAUUCUUUAUUUGUAAAGAAAACAGCUGCGCAUUCCUUAUUAAGUAAAAACAGUUGUAUUUAAUACUUUUGUUUAUUUGGUUUGUUUGAUUGGCAUUUGUUUGGUUUUGUUUGUACAUACUUUUAUAUAUAAUUUUUGUGAAGUUGUUUUUGCAUAGUUGUUGUUGAUAGAAAAAGUAAACGCGUUGUUCUGACAUCGUAAAAUUAGAAAGGAUUAAUUUUGAUUUUUGAAUACACAAACCUAACAACAUUUAGAGAUAUGACAGUUUUUUUCAUCUUUAUUAACGGGUAUCGUUGUUGUAGUGUUGAAUGUGUACACAAGGUUUUGUAACAAUUUAUGCACGGAAAUAACAAAACCGUUAUUAACUUUUCUA